UGUGUAGCUGAGCUGGAUCAAUUAUCCUCAGACACAUUCUACAGCCCGCGCGGUGUCUACGUCAAUCGUGGGCUUAUUCUUGACAAAAGCUGCCACACCGCACUGUGAUGCCCACCUCUUUAAUCUGCCGACAGAGAUCAUCUUUGGAGUCAGCUCUUAUCUCUCAACAGAUGACUCUAAGCAUCUCCGCGGCGUUUGUAGGGACCUGGACGCCGCACUACUCGCGACCUUUGGGAGACGCCACACAUGAUCGCUUCAGAUCUCAUAUCAAGGAGCUGUGUAUAUACUCUUCUGUCUACCAACUCUGGGGAGCUCGGCUGCCGUAUGCGCCAACUGGUGGCGAAUGGGUCCCCCCCAAAUCGCGUAUCCUGAGCGAGAUCGAACAUCCCUUUCCUGACGCUUCAUCGCCCCAACAAGAGGCUACCAACGUGGCCGUUAAACUCGUACGCGGUCGAGAUUUUCGCAACCAGCUCGCAGCAGCACUCAAAGGUCCCACAGUCCAGAGGAUCGAAGUUCAAAGCUGGCCGAGGUACUCGUUACCGAAUGCCCUCUCUUCAACUCUCGGUCUGAGCGAUCCCACACGAGCCACUGGUAUAAAUCCAUUCAAGGACAAUUUCCGCGGCGUUUCGCCUGCCUGGGAAUACGAGAUAAUCAACAUGGUGACCCGAAUGACUGAAAUGGUGCUUUCGGCUGUGAAAGACAGUGCCACACCCGUCAACGCUCUGAUCAUCGACAGAAUACAGAUCGAUCAGCUCAAUCUCUCGUUUGGUCUUGGGCACAGUCUGUCCUACCUCAGGCAUCUCAAAGUCAGCAUCGCCCCGUCAGAUCAGAGCUUACAGUUUUCAGACCUCGGAACACGGGAUGAGCUAUUCGCAUUGAUCAACGAGCUACCUUGUUUGGACCAACUUGCACUGUUCAACAAUCCGUAUACCAAGAAUAAUUGGCUACACCUGAAUGACGCUCUGAUGCAUAUCCAACCCCAGAGAGUCAGAAAAUUCAGUCUAGGCAUACUCCAAGACGCUGAACCUUAG